CUGCUAAGCGCCAAAACAAUUUGCACAGGAUGUCGGAAGUGCAUAGGCUGCUACAGAGAAAGAUCUCCUGCCUAGGUUUGCCACUGUUUCGGCAUGAAUGCUGUCAAUGAAAGCUUUGCACUUUCGCCUGGAGGAGCGUGUCAGAAGCCUCCAGUAAAAGUGCUCUCUAGUCAGCUUAGAGAGAGCUUUCCUAGCUCGGGUCAAGAAAGUAGCCACGUCUGCUUCAUCAGACGGUGGGGCGGAGGAAGAAGUGACCAACUAGGGCUGAACGUGGUGUGGAUGCAGGGCACAGUGUUGGACGUGACUGACGAACAGCACACCACCGUUAGACUGCAGGACGAGACAGGCACCUUCGCUGUCAUUGGAGCGCGCAAUGUUCCGAAGGGACAACCGUGCCUCUUCAAAGGGAACUAUGUGAUGGUCAUUGGCUCAAUACAGUCCUGUUCCCCAGAACCAGUACUCCGCGCUAUAAAGAUAACAGGACUCUCAGAAAAUCCAAUGCACAGAAGACUCUGGCAAUUGGAGGUUGAAGAUUUGCAAGAAAUUCUUCCAUGAUCACAAUGUUAGUGAUACAUGUAAGGAUUCUAGAUACAGGUGUAACGUUAGAGACAUUUGCAGUUUCAGUAAAGUAUUACAAAUUGAGUGGGUAUUUGGUGUUUUUUUAAUUAGACAUUUUAACAUCUACAUUUUGUGUGAACGGAGUUAUGAUUUUCAGAAUGUUAUUAUUGCAAUAGCUUCAUUUUUACUGUGAGACCUCCAAAGAAUGUGGCGAUAUAAUUUUUUUGAAAGUUUUGAACUGUUUCCUUUUUCUAAUUUAAAUAUUGCACUGUAAUAAUAGUAAAAUUUGUAAUAUUCUGUAUGGCCUUUCUUUAUU